ACGUUGCCUGCCGGGUAAAGUGCUUGUCUUUCCCGGGAGGAGCUCCUGCGGCACUGAGUCACGGUGCUCGUCUCCGCUCGCCGUGCGGCUCCCACGUCCCGCCGGGUCCGUGCAGCUGGGUGAGCGCGCGGGGUUGCACAUCUGUAGACGCUCGCCGAGCAACGGAGGUCUGUCACCAUGGAAGGAUUGGUGGAGCGGCUGGAGCGAGCUGUGACUCGCCUGGAGAAGAUGUCCGUCACGAUGCAGGCGGCCAGCGGCAUCGCUAACGGCAACUGUGCCAACGGCAUUGAUGGAGGUUCGUCUGAGUGUGUGGAGGCCUUUGACAUCCUACUAAGAGGUCCGUUGUCAGAGUACCUGAACUGCAGCCGUGCCAUAGGAAGGGAGGUGGAGAAACAUGCGGACAUGGUCAACAACGCACUGCAGGAUCAGAGAGCUUUUCUCAAGAUGGCCGUCACGCACCAGGAACCUGCGCAGGCGGAGUUGCACGACCUGCUGAAGCCGAUCUCGGAUCACAUCCAGAGAAUCCAGAGCUUCCGCGAACGAAACCGCGGCAGCAGCCUCUUCAACCACCUGUCAGCAGUCAGCGAGAGCAUCCCCGCUCUCGGCUGGGUGGCCGUGAGUCAGAAGCCGGGUCCGUAUGUGAAGGAGAUGAACGAUGCUGCAACCUUCUACACCAACAGAGUGCUGAAGGACUACAAGGAAACCGACAGGCGUCACGUAGACUGGGUGCGCGCUUACCUUUCAAUCUGGGCCGAGAUGCAGUCCUUCAUCAAGCAGCACCACACUACAGGACUGGUGUGGAGCAAGAGUGGCCCCAUCGCUCCUCCUCUCUUUGCCCGCCCCAGUGCUCCCUCCUGUCCUCCUCCGCCUCCUCCCCCCGGACCUCCUCCGGUCUUCACUGACCAUGACUCCCAGCCUCAGGCGGACAGAGCGGCGGCCCAACACUCUGAACUUUUUGCCCAGCUCAACCAGGGCAUGGACAUCACUAAAGGUCUGAAGCAUGUGUCGGAUGAAAAGAAGACCCACAAGAACCCCAAUCUGCGUUCGCAUGCAACCGCGACCAAAACCAAGUCCCCAGGCACCGUGAACUCGCCCAGGGCAGCGGUCCAGAAAAAAAAACCUCUGCUGGAGCUCGAGGGGAAAAAAUGGAGGGUGGAGAACUUUGAGCAGAAACACGACCUGGCGAUUGAGGAGACGGAGCUCAAACAAGUGGUCUACGUUUUUGGCUGCAACAACUCCACACUGCAGAUAAAGGGAAAGAUAAACUCCAUCAUCAUAGACAACUGCAAGAAGCUGGGUUUGGUUUUUGAGAAUGUCGUUGGGAUUGUGGAGAUCAUCAACUCCAAAGGAAUCCAGUUACAGGUGUUGGGAACAGUUCCCACCAUUUCCAUCAACACGACGGAGGGCUGCCAGGUCUACCUCAGCAAGGACUCCCUCCACUGUGACAUCGUCAGUGCCAAGAGCUCUGAGAUGAACGUGCUGAUUCCACAAGAUGAGGAAUAUAGGGAGUAUCCGGUACCGGAGCAGUUCAAGACCGUUUGGGACGGCUCUAAACUGGUGACAGAGCCUACUGAAAUCGCAGGCUGACGAGGCUUCAUCUCCAUCACCACCGGGAUGCCAUUGAUUUUUUUUUUUUUUAGGAUCCGAGAUAUAAAAGAGAUUACUGCUUAACUUUUGGUCCAGCUUUUGUUCCUGUAUUGUGACUUCAUGUCUCUCUAGCACUUUGGAACUGUUCUGAUUAUUUAGAACCGGUGAGUAAGUUAAUAAAAACACAUCCCCACAGCACGAAUGGACAUCUCAGGUUGUGAGUCCCAAAAAAGAAAGAAAGACCUUUUUACCCUUCUUAGAUUUCUGUUAUAUACUAAUAAAGGGAUCUAUGUAAUAAUAUGUAACCGUUCAAAUACAAUCAAUUAUAUUACAGAAUGCUACUCACUGUACUUAAUCAAUAUUUACGGUAUGAGUAAAAGCAUAAUUUGGACCACAGCAUAACAUGCACACAUGACAUUAAGUGGUCAGGCAGACAAAAAUAACUUAGUAUAUUUCCAUUCAGUGAAGUGUAUCUUAGCAAUGUCGUAUGUGUCAUGUAAUUUUGAUGCACCUAAUGAAGAAGAUAUGCCCCACUGCUCACUAUGUUCUGCAUCAACGGCAUCAAUGUCAGUCUUGCUUGUGUUUGUAUUGUAAAAUCAAUCAGGUCAGAUGAAUUUAACAGUGUUGGAUUCUAUAUCAGUUAAUUCAACUUGAAAUAAUUAACCAAUUAAAGAACUAACUGUAGAAAUAA